GCUUAUAUAAACUCUCGCUAUCCUCCCGUUUUCUCCUCACUCUCAUUAUUUCUCUUCUCCUUUCAAAUUCUUUGUGGUUCUCUCGUUGGUUCUUGUUGUAGCCAUGUCGCUCCUCUCAGAUCUCGUCAACCUCAAUCUCUCUGAGUCCACUGAAAAGAUCAUUGCUGAAUACAUUUGGAUCGGAGGAAGUGGUAUGGACAUUCGGAGCAAAGCAAGGACGCUUUCAGGACCGGUUAGCGAUCCUAGUAAGCUUCCAAAGUGGAACUAUGAUGGUUCAAGCACUGGCCAAGCUCCAGGAGAGGACAGUGAAGUGAUUUUAUACCCACAAGCCAUUUUCAAGGAUCCUUUCAGGAGGGGGAACAAUAUUCUUGUUAUGUGCGAUUGUUACACACCGGCUGGGGAACCAAUCCCUACAAACCAUAGAGCUAAAGCAGCUAAGAUUUUUAGCCAUCCAGAUGUAGUUGCUGAAGUACCAUGGUAUGGAAUUGAGCAAGAAUACACCCUCCUCCAAAAGGAUGUCAAAUGGCCUCUUGGCUGGCCCGUUGGUGGCUUCCCGGGUCCUCAGGGGCCUUACUAUUGUUCUGCUGGUGCUGACAAGUCUUUUGGGCGUGACAUUGUUGAUGCCCAUUACAAAGCCUGCCUUUAUGCAGGGAUCAACAUUAGCGGCAUCAAUGGUGAAGUCAUGCCCGGUCAGUGGGAAUUUCAAGUCGGUCCAGCUGUUGGCAUCUCAGCUGGUGACGAGUUGUGGGUUGCCCGUUACAUUCUUGAGAGGAUCACCGAGAUUGCUGGCGUUGUCCUAAGCUUCGACCCAAAGCCUAUCCAGGGAGAUUGGAAUGGCGCUGGUGCCCACACAAACUACAGCACAAAAUCCAUGAGAAAGGAGGGGGGAUAUGAAGUCAUCAAGAAGGCAAUCGAGAAACUCGGGUUGAAGCACAAGGAGCACAUUGCUGCUUAUGGAGAAGGGAAUGAUCGACGUCUUACUGGAAAGCACGAGACUGCCGAUAUUAACACAUUCAAAUGGGGAGUUGCUAAUCGUGGUGCUUCUAUCCGAGUUGGUCGUGACACUGAGAAGGAAGGCAAAGGUUAUUUUGAGGAUAGGAGGCCGGCUUCAAACAUGGAUCCGUAUGUGGUUACUUCCAUGAUUGCUGAGACCACCCUCCUCUGAAAGCCGUAUGUGCCUACAAAACCAGAUCUCUGUCCAUUUGACUCGAUUCAGGGCAGGAUUUUGAAUCUCUGUGGCGUUUCAGUUGCAAUCUUCAGCUUUUAUUUCCCAUUCUUGGUUUGAGUUGUCGUAGUCAUUGUUGGCUUUAUUGUGGUGUUUGUAUUUUAGAGAGUCCUGUUGGGAUUUAUUAGCGAUUGUUCUCACUAAUGCCCUGUGGCAUUUUACUCUGAAAGCCCUUUCUUAUUGAAACAAUAAACAUCCCAAUUAAUGAUAAUAAUAAUGUAAAACUCCGGAUCCUUCUCGUUGCGAUUUGGCAAAUCCUUGACUACGUUCUUAUUUC